UCCAAAAUUGUUCAAAAAUACUCUCAGGCUAAACCAAACUACUAUUUCAGUAUCAAGUUAACAUAUAGCAGUAAACAAAUAUACAAAAAUAACAGUAAAUAAAAAACUCCAGUCCCCAUUCUGUAUCAGCAGCUUUAAACUACAUUCAAUUAAUUUAAUGUUGUGAAUCAACCGUUAAAGUUGUUAAAAUUGCUCCCGUUAAUCCAUAAUUUCCCUUUUGUCAACUUUCGACAUGUGAAAGUUUUAAAACUAUUUUAAAGAUAGAUUCAAGUCAAUAUUUUACCGAUUUAGGAGUAUUUUAGAUAAAAAGUUAAUUAGGUUUGCUUGGAAGGUUCGCUACAACAGCCUUGCAGAGAAGUGUACUGCUUUAAGAUGGCGGCCGUUUACUACGUCUGCAUCUAGCUUUUUGUAGAUGUGCUGCAAACGCUACCGCUACCGUAGUGCAUCUAGUCUUAUAUAAAUGAUAUCUACCAUAACAUUAUGUGGAUGAUGUACUUUUGUAGCAGCUUCAGGUAUGUUGUUGUAUUUUUUUUUUUAUCUCGUGGCAUGAGUUAAGCUAAAGCCGUGAGUUGAGCAUUGGCAUUACCCGAGGGGCCGGGUAAUGAGAAGCAUGAUGUUUAGCUACUCUCGCUCCGUUGCUCAUUGACUGUGCGGCGCGCUGAGUGUGUUGUACUUCCGCUUUACUUGGCAUAUUUCAAUAAUCGGAAUUUGGAUGUUUGUGAAUCGUUCUCGAAUCUUCCACGGCCGAAUCGCGAAUAAUCUAAGAAUCGGAAAUUUUGCACACCUCUAAUUAUUAUAGUAUACUACAGUAUAUAAUAGUAGUAUAAUAAUUAUAAUAAUUAUUCAUUGCCAAUCAUAUUUGUCAUAAAGAGUGUCAUUUGAAAGCUAUUCUUAGUGUAGAAUCUGUAUUGUGUAUUAUUUACUCAACAUAUUAUAAUAUUAAUUCUGAAGUAUGUUGGAUUAACUCCAGAAAUCGUUAUUUAUAUGACGAACAUGACGUGCUUUUUUUUUUUUUUUUUUUUUAAUUUUCACCGGAGGUAAGCUUUACACUCCGUAAAAAAACAUUCUUUGUCAUUGCUUGUGGUGUCACUAGUAGAUUUAAAAUUUUUUUCGUUAGCAAAUGCUGUUAACCAGCUGUUGAGUGUUAUUGUAUGACUGAUUGGAACUGUACUGCAUUGUUUCGCCACAGGGUGUGCUGUCGUGUAAGAAGAAGAAAGUUUAAAGAGGCAUUAGCGGCCUGUUCUCAACUUCUCCCUCACUGCACUUUGGCUCUCAUCGAGAGCACGUUUGCUCAUGUGUUCGAAAUAAACGAUAGCCGACGUGCAAAGCAGCAAGUCAGCUGUAAAAAUAGCGAGCUUAGUGGUGUGAAAAAUGCACGAGAGCUAAGUGAAGCUAACGAACAGCUAAGCGGAGCUAAGCGAUGCUAAACGGGGCUAAGCGAAGCUAAACGGCGCUAAAUGAAGCUAAGCGACUGAUACCCAGUCCGUCGUCGGGGAACAGUCCAUUGUGUGUGUGUGUGUGUGGGUGGGGGAUAAUAUAAAUGCAGCAUUCAAAUGGCUUUCUUUUUUGUUUUGUUAUUUGUUUGUUUGGUAUGCUGACAUAAUUGUACAUGAUGAAUAGUUGGGGGUGCUGCUGGCUCCGGUGGCCCAAGCACUUACUCGUUGGGGCAAAGGCAGCUGGUUGGGGGCCCCCUACUGGUUGGGGGCCUAAGGCGAUCGCCCACUUCGCCUGAAUAGUAGAUCCGCCUAUGGGUAUACCAGGCAAGCAAUUUACCCUACAAACGUCUCAUGUAGCCUCUUCUAAAAUGCUGAAAUUCUGCCAGCUGCUGUUGGAUGAGCAACACAAAAGAGUGCACAGUCUUCCGCCUAAGCUGCCAAAUUCAAAGGAUCACCAUAUUUGGCAGAGUGAGCACUACCUCUAAGUAUGAAACUAGUUAUUAUGAAAUUCCUUUUAUGACCUCUGUGACCUUGGCCCUCUUUACCCCAAAAUGGGUAAUUCGGUAAUUAAUCAGAUUCAGAAUAUUUAUGUCAUUGGUACAAAGAGCACAACGAAACUUUGAUUGGAACUUCCAUACAGCUAAGUUGGUAAAGUGCAAAACGCAUAUAAUAAAUACCCUUAAGUGUAAGACCAUAAAAAAGAAAUAUAUAUAUAUAUAUCAGCGCUAGUUGCCAAUGUUAUUGAAUGGCAUAAAUAGAAUUCAGCAUAUUUUGUCAAAGGUUUUCUUGCAAUGCACAUUAUUGUACUUAGCAUUAUGCUAGCGCAGGCUAUUCAAGGCUUCCAAAAAGGCGAUCCAUUCCAAGAAGGCGUCAUUAAAAUUGAAAAGUCACAAUAGCAAUCCAUUGCAAUGUUACGGGUCUUUUGUUGAUCUAUCGUGUUGUAUCUCAUUUUAUGUGCUGAUUAAGAGGCUGAUAAAUGUCUCCCUGAGCAUUUCCUGCCUUGUACCCGGCCGUCAAGGGGCUUGUGGAUCACAGCCCAUUUGCGGGGAUUUAUCUGUUUAAUAAGUGUUGACUGUUGUGCUGUGUGUACUCCUCUGGGCCACGUAAUGACUUUUCUGUCGUCACUAAAUACCCCGAUGCUGAGCCUAAAUGGUCUAGCAUCCGGCGUCCGUUUCAUCCCUCGUUCCCAUUAAGAUCGUGGCAUCUUUCUUCAAUUCAGAAGAGGUUUGGCGCACUCGCAUAAAAGGUUGGCCAACAUGGACACAGGUGCGGCGGUGACCAUUCUGGUAGCGCUGAUGGUGCUGGCGGGCGUGAGCCAAGGGGUCUUCGUCGGAGGUGCCUCAAACGACUAUGAGGACACGACGCCCGGCGAGUUGGAGGAUGUGGAAAAACGCUUGAUGGACAUGGACAGCGGCGCGGACGAUCGUCUGCUGACUGCGCUGCUCAGAGCUCUUCUUCUGGGAUCUCGCAGAGAAUCCCGGAGCUCUGUGCUCCACGAACCACAGAGAUUCGGCCGCUCGUCCAGAGGUCCGAUUGUGCUGGAUGACCACCACAACUCACCCGAAUGGGAGGAGGCGCCCAGCCAGAUUUGGAGUAUGGCUGUGCCUCAGAGGUUUGGCAAGAAAUAAAAGAGGAAACGCCGAGCCAACUGGGCCAUAACAUCUUGAGGAAAAUAUCUUGUUUUGUCCAUGAAAGCUCACACGUAUUUAGCUAUAAAACAGAGUUUCAAAAAAAAAAAAAAAAAAAAAAAAAGGUCUCUUUAUGGUCACCAACAUGAUAUUAAUUAUAAUUGGACUAAAUUUAAUACAACAGUUUGUUUUUCUUCCAAUAAUAAUAAAGGAGCCUUCUGGAGUUUUACUCAUAAGUGUGCGCAGAAUCAUUUCAUUGAUCAAAUUGUACCUUAAACACAAAAUAAAAUAUUAGUUUAAAGCAGUGGGUGCGUGUUUUUGGU